AACCAAGUCGAAACGAUUAGUUAACGUAUGCAAAAAGAUCGAGCGAGAUGAGAAGUUAAAGAACAAUUAUGAUGAAAUAAUCGAGAAGCAAUUAGAGUCGGGUAUCAUUGAAGGUGCACCAGUGAAACCGAAUGGUGAACGAGCAUAUCAUAUACCCCACAAACCUGUCGUCAGAGAGGAGGCAAAUAGAGCAAAAGAUAGCGCGGAGAUUUCCAAGAAUUUUAGAAAUUUUGAACUGGUCGGUGAUGCAUGGUUUUUGAACGAUGGAAAAGAAAGAGAAGACAUGAAUGAGGAAACUGAGGAACAUGACAAUACACCAGAAUGGUUGAGAAAGCCGUAG